AACGAGAAGAAGAAUUGGUAGAAUUAAACAACCGAAAAGAGUUGGAAGACCAAGAAUUAGAAGAAAUAAUCCAGUAAUUAUACCACCAAGACCAAAGGGUUCAUGUUAUGCUAAAACACCUGUAUUAGCUCUACCAGAUAGUGUAAUUGAUAAAUUGAUAACUUGGAGAGCAGGAAAAUAUCGAGAUAUAUUAAAUAAAAAUAGAAAGGUUACAAAUCAAUAUAAAGGUGGCCUUUAUGUUGAGAGAAUUGAAAGAAAUGGACAAAAAGUUUACGAAAAAUCAGAAAAUUUUUGGGGUUGGGAUGAUUUCCAAUCUACUUGUUCGUCAAUUUAUAAAGAAGAAACUUUCGAAUCCACUUUACAAACCAAUGAAAAAGAAAAUCGAGAAGAAAUUAUUGAAGAUUAUAUUGAAACUAAUGAAUAUAAAAUAUUU